AAAGCAUUUUUCUAAUCCUUAGAUAUCAAUGGCAUCGAUCUUGAAAUAAAUACUUUUCAUGCAUCACAGCGAAAAAUGCACUAUUAAUUUAAUAUUCCAGAGAUUCUUUCGUUAAAAAUGAUGCUAAGAAGGCUCCUGAGAAGAAGGUCGAAAAGAAGUUACAGAAAAAGGUGAAGAAGGAGCCGAAAGAUGCAUCGAAAAAUGUGAUGCGCGAAGUUCGAAUUCGUAAACUCUGUUUGAAUAUUUGUGUGGGUGAAUCUGGUGAUAGACUCACUCGUGCUGCUAAGGUAUUAGAACAGUUAACUGGACAGCAACCAGUCUUUUCUAAAGCAAGGUACACUGUACGUUCUUUUGGUAUCCGUCGUAAUGAAAAAAUUGCUGUACAUUGCACAGUAAGAGGUGCUAAAGCAGAAGAAAUUCUGGAACGUGGUCUGAAGGUCAGAGAAUAUGAACUGAGGAAAGAAAAUUUCUCUGGUACUGGAAACUUUGGUUUCGGUAUUCAAGAACACAUUGACUUAGGAAUUAAGUAUGACCCCAGCAUUGGUAUUUACGGUUUGGACUUUUACGUUGUACUUGGACGCCCAGGUUUUAACGUAGCGCACAGGAGAAGGAAAACUGGAAAAGUCGGUUUCCAACACAGACUUACCAAAGAAGAUGCAAUGAAAUGGUUCCAACAGAAGUAUGAUGGUAUUAUUAUAGCUGGAAAGAAGUAAUAUACAUAUUUUGUAUCUUACAAAUCUUUCAUAAAAAUUUUGAAAACAAAUUAACAACUA